UCUUCCCCCUCUCAGCGUCGUUUUCUCCAUUUUCAACUUUAUUUAUUUUGAUGUGAUUGGGGGAUUCUAAAUGGAGCAGCGUGUGGGGAAUAGGUUUCGGUUGGGGCGAAAAAUUGGGAAUGGCUCAUUUGGAGAGAUUUACUUAGGCACUAAUAUCCAGACGAAUGAGGAUGUUGCUAUCAAGCUUGAAAAUGCGAGGACUAGACAUCCCCAACUGCUUUAUGAGUCGAAACUGUACAGAUUACUCCAAGGAGGAACCGGAAUCCCAAAUACUAAAUGGUAUGGGGUUGAAGGAGACUAUAAUGUUCUCGUGAUGGACUUAUUGGGGGCGAGCCUUGAGGACAUGUUCACCUUUUGUAGUAGGAAGUUGUCGUUGAAGACUGUUCUCAUGCUUGCAGAUCAGAUGCUUAAUCGCCUCGAGUUUGUUCACUCUAAGUCAUUUCUGCAUCGAGAUCUUAAGCCUGACAACUUUCUCAUGGGCUUGGGAAGGCGUGCGAAUCAGGUUUAUGUCAUUGACUUUGGGCUCGCCAAGAAAUAUAGAGAUUCUAAUCAUCAACAUAUUCCAUAUAGAGAAAAUAAGAAUUUGACGGGAACAGCCAGAUUCGCAAGCAUAAAUACACAUCUUGGCAUCGAACAAGGCCGGAGGGAUGACCUAGAAUCACUCGGAUACGUUCUUAUGUACUUCUUAAGAGGAAGCCUUCCCUGGCAGGGACUGCAAGCUGGAAACAAGAAACAAAAGUACGACAGAAUUAGCGAGAAAAAGGUUCAAACACCAAUAGAGUCUUUAUGCCGUGGAUAUCCAACAGAAUUUGCUUCUUACUUCCAUUAUUGCCGUUCACUUAGAUUUGAGGACAAACCAGAUUAUGGUUAUUUGAAAAGAAUUUUCCGUGAUCUUUUUAUUCGUGAAGGUUUUCAAUUCGAUUACGUAUUUGAUUGGACUAUUUUGAAGUAUCAGCAGUCGCAGCUUGCUAAUCCUCCAUCUCGUUCUCUAGGUGCUGGAACAAGUUCAAUGCUGCCAAAUGCUAAUAAUGACAGAGACUCAGGUUUGGAUGAAGGCAAGCCACCUGUGCGUGGAAGAAACGCUUUAAAUUCGUCUAAAAUGAAAGAUCCAUGUGCAAGUGAUACUGCUGCACCAAAGGAGAUAUCCACUUCAAACGGCCAGAAAGCCGGAACAUCCAAGCAACCUGCAAUUUCUAGUAAUCGGGAUCCAGAGAUCCCCAGGAAUGGUGAUGAUCCUGUCAAUGGAGAUCACGGUGCUGCACAAAAAAGUCACCCCACAACGUCACCCAAUAAUGACCCCUCGAACACAAAACCUGUCGACUCCACCCUCAAGGGACUGGAGAGAAUGCAUAUUGGCAAUGACUAGAUUAUGAAGUAUUUAUCAGGGACUUGUAGCUACGAAUUUCCCCUCAUUCCCUCUGUAUAUAUAAGCGGGCCCCUACCUAUUUAACACUCGGGGAAUCUGUUGUUUCUCCCCUCAAUCGAAGCUGCUGAAGGAAAUCCAAACCAGUAAACUUCUGAGAUGAGGUGAAGUGAGAGAUCAGUAAACUUGACAGUUGACACGAUGAAACCACUUUAUCACUAGGCCAACUCGAACGAAGCCUUUUAGUUUUAGGCCAGAGAUUGGGUGUAAUACCACCUCAGGUAACACAGAUUCAUUUAUUUUUCUUACCUAUCUAAUGUUGUAAAUACCCAUUCUUUUGAUUUGUCGUUUUCAUGGCAUGUAGUUUUGAUAUUUCAUGCCCAAUUAUUGAUAGUUUAAUAAAUUCAUGUGAUGUUUAUGCCAAAUAUGGCUUAUA